AUGAGGCUCCAGAUGAAUGGAACGGAGGGAGAGAACUUUUACAUUCCCUUGUCCAACAGGACAGGGGUGGUCAGGAGUCCUUAUGAGUACCCCCAGUACUACCUAGGUAGUGUGUGGCAUUUCAGGUUUCUGGCUCUAUACAUGUUUUUCCUGAUCUGCACGGGGCUGCCCAUCAAUGUCCUGACGCUGGCCGUCACAGCCAUGCACAAGAAACUGAGGCAACCACUCAACUUCAUCCUGGUCAACUUGGCUGUGGCUGGAACCAUCAUGUGCUUUUUUGGAUUUACUGUCGCUUUUGUCACGGCCCUACAGGGUUAUUUUGUGUUUGGGCCACUGGGCUGUGCCAUUGAGGGCUUCGCUGCCACUCUGGGAGGCCAAGUUUCUCUGUGGUCACUGGUCGUGCUAGCUAUUGAGAGGUACAUUGUCGUCUGCAAGCCCAUGGGAAGCUUCAAGUUUGGAACCGGUCACGCUGGAGCUGGAGUGGCAUUUACGUGGAUCAUGGCUAUGAGCUGUGCUGCCCCACCCCUUGUUGGCUGGUCCAGGUAUAUACCAGAGGGAUUGCAGUGCUCCUGUGGUCCUGACUACUACACCCUCAACCCCACAUAUAACAACGAGUCCUAUGUCAUGUACCUGUUCUCCUGUCAUUUCGUCACUCCUGUGUGCCUCAUCUUCUUCACUUAUGGAAGCCUUGUCUGCACUGUGAAAGCGGCGGCAGCUCAGCAGCAGGACUCAGAAUCCACCCAGAAGGCCGAGAGGGAGGUGACACGCAUGUGUGUCCUGAUGGUGUUGGGCUUCCUGCUGGCCUGGGUUCCUUAUGCCAGCUUUGCUGCCUGGAUCUUCUUCAACAGAGGGGCAGCUUUCUCUGCAGUAGCUAUGGCUAUUCCUGCCUUUUUCUCCAAGUCUUCAGCUUUAUUCAACCCCGUCAUCUAUAUAGGAAUGAAUAAACAGUUCCGUGGGUGCAUGAUGCAGACAGUCUUUGGCAAGAAUCCAGAAGAUGAAACUUCAGUUUCAGGAAGUAAAACUGAAGUGUCCUCAGUGGCCCCUGCAUAG